GUUCUAUCUUUGACAAAGAUGAGCAAGAGGCGAAGACCGGAUUUUUGUUUGCAGUUAAGAAUUUUAAUCAACGUCAAGAAGAGAAGUUCAGAUUAUCAACGUUCAUAGAAGUAAUUCAUGUGAAGGACAGUUUUGAACUUGCUGCAACAAUUUGUAAACAUAUGAACACCGGCAUUUUCAUGCUUUUCGGCCAAAGAAGCAUAGAGUCUAGUAACAUCAUUGAAGCAUACACCAAGAAGUUCCAUGUACCUUAUGUGUCGCCUAGUUUUGCCGAUAACGUGCCUCGUGAUCUCCCUACCUACCAGCUCCACAUGCGGCCUUCACAUUCUAGAGCUCUUGUAGAUCUCAUCCUUCAUUAUGGCUGGAGGACAUUCCAUUACGUGUAUGAUUCAGAAGAAGGUUUAUACCGCCUGCAAGAAAUUUUGAAAAUAUUUGCUGAAAGCAGGUAUCUCGUUCAAGUGCGAAUGCGGCGACUGUUAGAUGUACGGAGCGCUCAUGAAGAUUUAAGGGCACUUGACAAGAUGGAAGAGCCAGAUAACAGUUCUGAGAAAUACAUCGUUCUAGACCUGUCAAAGGAAAAACAUUAUCACACCAUUUUACAGCAGAUCCGCGAGGUAGGAAUGAACAAACACGGAUACCACUACAUUUUAGGAACUUUGGAUUUUCUUAUAUUAGAAACUGAACGAUAUCAGCACGGAGGAGUAAAUAUAACAGGUUUCCAGCUGGUAAAUUAUACUGCACCAUAUGUUAAAAAGUUUUUGGAAAUCUGGAAGACUCUAGAUCCAAAUAUCUGGCCUAGCGCAGGAAAUGACAGUGUUCCGAUAGAAGCAGCUUUAGCUUACGACGGCAUACAAGUUAUCCACAAAACUUUAGCAAAACUUAUAGCCAAGGAAAGGAAGAUUUUUAAACAUACAUUUAGACAUGGGGACGUUUAUAAUAACAAUAAAACAAAAGGUGUUCCGUGUGAGAGCAAUGAUCCUUGGAUGCAUGGAAAAGCUAUAAUGGCUGAAAUGAGAAAUCUACAUUUCGAUGGUGUAACGGGAAAUAUUCAAUUCAGUGAAUACGGAUUUAGAAAGAACUACAAUUUCGAUGUGUACAAUGUGGGUCUCAAUAAUGGUCCUUACAAGAUUGGAAAAUGGGAAACAAGAGGGGGUGUAUACAGGGAUGGUGAGGAGUACCAACCGGAAGUAAACACAACCGAUGACGUCAGCGUAUUCAAAGUAACAUCAAUUCAGGACGAACCUUUUCUCAUGCUAAAAGAGGAGAUUAAAGACGGUAAACCACGUGUAGGAAAUGACAGGUAUGAAGGUUUUUGUGUGGACUUGGCCAAUAUGGUAGCUGCACGUGUUGGGUACGAGUUCAAAAUAAGACUAGUGAAAGAUAAAAAGUAUGGUGUUAAAGUUAAAGAUAAAAACAACGAAACAGUUUGGAACGGGAUGAUUGGAGAGCUUGUAAGAAAGGAAGCGGACAUUGCUAUUGCUCCAUUAUCAAUAACAAGUGAAAGAGAGGGUGUUGUUCAUUUCUCCAAACCAUACAUGGACGUUGGUAUAAGUAUAAUGAUUAAGAAACCGGACAAGGAAAAACCAGGUGUCUUUUCAUUCAUGCAACCGUUCACGUGGCAAUUCUGGAUGUGCAUAAUAUUCGGUUAUUUCUCAGUGGGGAUUGGCAUCUUUAUUGUUAGCAGAUUUAGUUCGACUGAGUGGAGAAAAAUCACUAUGAACAGAAAGAUGACAUAUAAUAACUUUACGCUUUCCAACUCAUUAUGGUUUGCAAUGGGUUCUUUGAUGUUACAGGGAAGUGACGACACGUGUCCAAGAUCAGCCUCCGGUAGAAUUAUAGGAGGCGCCUGGUGGUUUGCUUGUUUAAUUACGAUAUCUUCAUACACUGCGAAUCUCGCCGCAUUUCUCACUAUAGAAACGUUAUCGACACCAAUAGAAUCAGCGGACGAACUUGUUAAACAGAGUGAAAUAGCAUAUGGUACAUUGAACUCGGGCUCAACUCAAGAUUUUUUUAAGGAGUCAAAGGUCUCAACAUAUAAACAGAUGUGGAUAUACAUGGACUCUAAUCCAAGUGUUUUCGUUGAAGAUAUCGAAGAAGGGAUACAAAGAGUACGUAACUCGAAAGGAAAGUAUGCCUUUCUUCUAGAAUCAGUUUAUAAUGAAUAUGCUAACAAUAGGAAGCCCUGUGAUACAAUGAAAGUGGGGCACAAUCUUAAUUCCAAUCACUAUGGUAUAGCUACACGUAAACAUUUGCCAUUAAGAGACGAUAUAACUUUAGCUGUUUUGAGUUUAACAGAAGAUGGUUCUUUAGAAAGAUUGAAAAAAGAUUGGUGGGAAGUAAAGGGUGAAUGUGGGUUCGAUACAGGCCACAGGGAAUCGAAGAAAAAAAGUUUGUCCCUUAGCAACGUUGCGGGAAUAUAUUUUAUCCUCAUAGCAGGUUUAGUGUUGGCAAUCAUAGUUGGUGUUUGUGAAUUUAUGUAUAUCAAAUCUAAACCUGAAAGAGUGCCUUCAGCUAUGAUAUACAUGAUGCCUAGUAUGGAAACAGCAGACGGUAUGGAAGAUGAUGUACCAGAGGAGGUUAAACAAAUGUACAUGUCCAAUCAUAAAGCUUCAAAUGGACCUGCCUCUCCUGUUAAUGGAAACGCUGGUCACAACAAUCAUUUUAGGUAUGAUGCAACGUUCAAUCCUCCCCCACGUAUAACUUUCGAUGCAGAUUCAAAUACGGCUGUUUGAAAGUGAUCAAGGUGCACGUUGUGUUAUUCCAAUGAACACACGAGGAAAACGUGAACACGUUUCAAAUGCAGGUGCUCGUACAUCGACACAUUAUUAAACAAAAAACUAUUAACCCAAAUGAGACUGAAAGAUAGAAUAGUAAAACUCUAGGUGCUGAUUGUUAAGAUAAGUGUGUCCCAAUUAAGUAAAACAGUGAAACCUUGCUUGAGUACAAUUGUGAAAAAUGUGCAAGGAGGAAAUAAAAAUAUUCAUGUUUGUUAUUUGUGAAUUUAACCAGACGAGAUUUGUUUGUAAUUCCCAAGUGUUGUGAUUUUUAUUAAAUAUGCAGAAUCUUAAGUGAAUUGCACAUGCUUUAUAUUUUAAAUGCGCUUAGGACGAAAAUGUGUAAAUGCUUUAUUUUGCUCGCCACAAUGUGGAUAUAAAAUAUUGUGAAUUUCAUAAAAUUAUAGAUUACAAAUGAAAACAAAACCCUACAAGAUACCAAAGUAUUAGAUAUGGCUCUUUAUUAUUUGUUUUUUUAUACAACAGUAAGCAUACAUGGCGUAUUGUUCAUACUAAAUACAUUUUUCUUUGAUGCAAUAUUUAAGCAUUAUAAUUUACAUGUGUAUUAAAUCAUAUAUUCCUUGAAAAAAGUGACUAACAUUGUCUAACUAAUAUUUGCAACAAAAUAGUUUCGGUAUGUGGUGAGUACAUUUGUUGUUAGAAGUGGUAGAAGAAAGUCCUGCUACAAGCAUGUUCAUAGGCAGGGCAACCUGUUAAUUGAUCGUCUUGAAAUUAAUCAAUCACGUUUAAAGGGAUCAUCAGUGAGCAAUAAAAAUGACUAUACUACCAUAUGGACAACUCUUCAAGGUGUUACAUGUUAGAAAGAGAUAUGUUUCAAACGAUUAUGAACAUUUGUUAUAUCUCGGAAAUUAUAAGACGCCUGGUAAUGGUUUCUAAUCAAAUAUAUUUAUAUGUAAAUUUAUAAAUGUUUCUAUUGUACAAAAUCUGCGGGUUUAUAAUAAAAUAACUAUA